CCUUGGAUGUCUUAGCAACCUAGUUCUAAAUUUUAAGAAAACAAAAAGGCCUCAAACAGAAGAAGCCAGCCGUUGGACACACAGUGCAGAGGCUGGAGGUGGUCACACAGAGGGAACAGAUGGCUGUCCCACUGCCAGCACUGCUAUGAACAUUUCUCAGCUGACCAGAGCAGAAAUCUCACCAUGGAUCUGCGAAACAUUCCUUACCGCUCCGACGUCCUCACCUGGAACCCUGAUGAUUUAGCAGAAUAUUUCAAGAUGUUGAAAUAUAAGGACUGUGAGAAAGUCGUGAGAAAGCACAGCAUAAAUGGACAAAGGUUUUUGAACAUGUCUGAAAACGAUAUUCAGAAAUUCCCCAAACUCAGAAUGCCGAUUGUAAGUAAAUUAAGUCAAGAAAUAAACAGAAAUGAAGUGAGGCUAUCUUUCUUUUCAAAAUGGGCCCAAACACAAAAAUAUCCUGAAAAUCCUGGAUACAGUCAAGAAGAUGAUGGCUGGUCUUCAUUCGAUGAAGAUGAUGACUAUGAAAGUCCUGAUGAUGACCAGGACAAGGAAGAUGAGGCUGACUAUGAAUCACCAACAGAAGAACCAGACGAAGCAGACCAUGACAGUGAUGGCUACGAGCCACCUCCAUCCAAUAAUGAGGAAGCACACCACAAUGUCAUAUUCCCUGCCAAGUCACUGGCAAACAGCACAGAUUAUAUAGAUAGACCUCCAACAAACAGAUCUUCACUUAAGCCUCCAGUACCACCCCAGCGACCCAGUCCAUCCCCAGUACCAGCCUCACCUGGGGGAAGAGGAGCUUCGCUGCCACCUUUCCUUACUUCACCAAGCAACAACGACGUGAGUAGAGACAGAAAUAUCAAGCCUUUGAAACCCCCAGCUCCUUCUAUAGACAGAAGCACAAAACCCCCACUGGAUCGCCUUGUUCCACCAUUUGAAAGAGAAAGCCCAGUACCAGGGAGGAAGCCAAGCUUACCUGAAAAGCCACUGAUUUCACAGCUAAGAUCUCUGGGAGAACAGCUAGCAACGAUGCCAAAACCUCCUGUCCCACCAAGUGACAGGUAUCAAAGAAGCAAUCCACCUCCUUUAAGGAAGCAAAUCCCUGUAAAGCAGGGUUGGCAACUGCACAAAAAUAAUGAAGAAGAAGACACUGCACCACAAAGACCAGUGCCACAACCAUCUUUGCCUCUAUACAGCUCGAAUACAUUCCCCUCCAAAUUUGUCAAGCCUCCUCCUAAGCCAGGAUCCAACAGUAUGUUUGGUGCAGAAAGUGCUAGAAACCUGUCUUCAAGUGGCUUGCUACCACCACGCUUACCUUUAGGCAAUACCAGCAGAUCUCCUGCCAAAGGCACACCUGACCUAAGACCUCCGGUGCCAAUUCCUAGCAGACAGAUUGUUCACCCAACAAACACGGAGGAAGAUGAGGGCUCACUCAAUGAUGAUUGGUACGCUGCCUGUGUGAGCCGGCCAGAAGCAGAAGCAGCUCUACGAAAAAUAAACAAGGAUGGAACCUUCUUGGUAAGAGACAGCUCAAGAAAAACUUCUGCUCAUCCAUAUGUGCUGAUGGUGUUGUACAGAGAUAAAGUAUACAAUAUCCAGAUUCGUUACCAGGAGCAAAAUCACAUAUAUUUGUUAGGAACUGGCUUAAAAGGAAAAGAGGAUUUUUCUUCUGUAGCAGAUAUCAUUGACUACUUCCAAAGAACACCUCUUCUUCUGAUUGAUGGAAAAGACAGAGGCUCAAGAAACCAGUGCAUGUUAAAAUAUGCUGCAGGACAUAUUUAAGCAAGACCUUAAUGAAGAUUACAUAUAGUACAGAAACCUAUUGAAGCUUAUAAACUUCAGGAUAUUCCUU